UGAGAAGGACCUGACUGUUGGUCUCAGCCAUGCUGGAUGUCAGAGCUGCUCUCUCAAACGGAACUCUUCUCCACCCUCCAGGGUUUCAUGUGGUGGGGUUCACAGCCAUGCCACAUGCCAACCUCUAUCUGAUUUUCCUGGGUGUAGUUUAUGUCCUCACUGUUCUGUUUAACUGCUUUAUCUUGUGUAUCAUCUGCCUUGACCAUAAGUUACACUCCCCUAAGUUUCUGGCUGUGGCCAACCUGGCCGUGGUGGACAUCCUGUUCAGCUCCUGUGUCAUCCCCGGCAUGCUGAAGAUAUUCUUGUUUAAAGACCCGUUUGUGCCGUUCAACCUGUGCCUUGUUCAGAUGGGGGUGUACUACUGCUGCAGCUCCCUGGAGUCUUUCUCUCUGGCCGUGCUUGCCUAUGACAGACUGAUUGCAAUCUGCUUCCCUCUCAGGCAGCACGCCAUCAACACAAACACCUACAUGCUAUGCAUUCUGGGAAGCAUUUGGGCUUUUUGCCUGAUAACAAUAACAUUUUCAACCUCAAUAAUGAAAAGACUGUCUUUCUGUGACUCUGUGCAAGUGUAUAGCUACUUCUGUGACUAUUCUCCCGUCUACAGACUGGCCUGCAAUGACUACUCUCUGCAGUGGGCCACCGCCGUGAGCCUCAGCAUUGUCAUACUGUUCGGACCCCUCAGCCUCAUCAUAAUGUCCUACAUAAGCAUCUUGAUUGCUGUCUUCAGAAUGAAGAAUGCAGGGAACCGCUACAAAGCACUGGCUACCUGCACAGAGCAUCUCAUUCUCGUGGCCAUUUUCUACCUUCCGACCUUGACUCUGUACAUCAUCGGGUUCUUCUUAUACCGGCUGGACCCAGACAUCAGGAUGGUGACUUUGUCCAUGUCUGCCUGUAUGCCACUCUGCUUGAACCCAGUUGUGUAUUCUCUGAAAACAAAGGAGAUCAAGAGUAAAGCACAGAUACUCUUCUGUAAAUCUACAGUGAGACCCGAGGAAAAACUGUAGCCAAGGUUUCAUACAGUCAUAUGGUGGUAGUCUGUGCCUAGAUAUUAAUGUUCAUCUGCUGUUUCCUUUAAGGGACCAAAAAGGAAAUAGAGUAGAUGAAUGUACUGAUACUGACUGACAGAAGAUGCAUUUAUGUUAUAACUGUUAGGUUUACUAAUGCUGUAGUCAAC